AUGGUCAAAAAAAAACCGAUGAAUCAAACGGCUAUCUUAUGUAUUUCCACAACUUUGAAUAAUACAUUUGUAAACUUGACAGAUCUCGAAGGCAAUACGCUUUGUUGUGUGUCGAGUGGGAGUCUAGGAUUUAAGGGCUCGAAAAAGUCUUCAAGUUAUGCUGCACAAAGUACGACUGAAAAGGUACUUCAAUUUUGUGCUCAACAGUCCAUUGAGAAACUUAUGAUUAAAUUACGCGGUGUUGGGUAUGCGAAGGACGCCUCGUUAAAAACAGUCUUGAAUCAAAAUUUUAAGAUUGUACACAUUCAGGAAACAACCCAACGUGCAUUUAAUGGCUGUCGACAAAAGAAGAAACGUCGUAUUUAA